AUGUCGUUGUCCAAAAGCUCUCCGAUCAUUAUCAUUGGAGCAGGCGUGUUUGGAUUAAGCACAGCAAUACACUUAGCACAACGAGGCUAUAGCAAUGUAAAGGUGCUCGACAAGCAGGCAUAUAAGCAGACUAAAUAUGCUUAUGAUGCAGGUUGCGAUGCAGCCUCGGCAGACAUGAACAAGAUCAUGCGAGCGGGAUAUGGAUCACAACUUGAAUAUCAGAACCUUGCUUUGGACUCUGUCUCACAAUUCAAGCAGUGGAACGAGGAAAUCAAAAGUGGUCAAACACUGCCACCAGGUUUCACCAAAUCCGACAUCAUAUACUGCAACAAUGGCAAUCUCACGGUCAACGAGAAAGAGGACCUCACACAGUUCGACAUUGAUACUGUGAAGAACUUUGCCGCAGUCGGGCUUGAAAACACCCAAUUUAUCUUGACUAAUCCCGACCAUGUCAAGCAAGCAGAGGCCGAGGGAUUCGGAUUUGCGGUCAAUCCAUUCCGUCGAAAGCCUGAGGAAAACCACGGCGUCCUGGAUACCUAUGGCGGCAUGGUGUAUGCAGACCGUGCCUGCCGCUACGCUCUGCAUAAAGCGGAGGCCCUAGGCGUACAACUGGUGCUUGGUGGUGCGGCAGGCACAUUCUCAGAUUUCUUCACGGAGGACGGAGUUUCUCGUCUGGCAGCUUUGACCAUCAUGGCUUGUGGUGGCUGGACGCCGUCUCUGAUCCCUGAGCUCGACGGCCUCUGCGAGACGACAGGCGGUAGUGUCACCAUAUUCCAGCUGCCUCCGGGGAAUCAAGCUUUGUGGGAUCGUUUUGCACCAGAGAACUUUCCUACCUGGAAGUACAAGAUCCGAGAUGGCGCGGCUGGCGGCCUGUAUGGCUUCGCACGCGACUCUCAAGGAAGAGUGAAGAUCGGUUAUCGCGGGACAAAAUAUACCAAUCCUCAAAUUCAGCCAGAUGGCGCUGUGAGAAGUAUUCCGAUCACACGCUGGACACGGGAGUCAACCAGGCAGUUACCACAGCAAGCGGCCACGGUGAUCAAACAAUUUGUACAGCAGUAUCUUCCCGAGCUACUUUCAUGUUCAAUGAAGUCGCGAUUAUGCUGGUAUACUGACUCAUUCGACAAUCAUUUUGUUAUCGACUUUAUGCCCAACACAGAAGGACUUCUGAUCGCCACGGGAGGGAGCGGUCAUGGUUUCAAAUUCUUGCCCAACUUGGGGAAGUUUGUGGUAGACAAGAUCGAAGGCAAGAAGGACGAAUCUGGUCUCCUCAGCAAAUGGAAGUGGAGGAGUCUAGAAUCCGGGGAGCAAGCUUAUAAUAGCAUCAUGGAGGGCACACGGAGUGCCCGAGCUUUACAAAGACAGGUAUUGACGAGGGAAGACAGCCUCAGCACACAAACGAGUUUACUGUGA